AUUGUUCUCGAUGGAUUAAUUUCAGGUGGACCUUGUGAUCAGAAUGAUUUAAGUUUUGAGCUAAUUACGGGCUUUGUUUAUUCAUCUUCAUCGGAAUCAAUUGCAACUAUACCGGGAACUUUACGAUUAACUGAUUGUCUCAAUAGAUGCCGAUCCAAUUCAACUUGUCAAUCGCUUAACUUUGAGACGGGACUUUGUGUCCUUUUUAGUACCAGUGCCUCUAAUCGUCCAGCCUCAUUGAAUAAAUCACAUUUUCCCGUGUUUACAAUUUAUGCACAGAAAAUUUGUCUUGGUGUUACAAUUGAACCGGUCUGCCAAAAAUCGUGGGUCUUUGAAACUGUUCCAAGUCAUAUAUUGACCGGUUAUACCUCUAAAUUGGCCUCAUCUCCGACCAAAUCAGAUUGUAUGGUUAAAUGUUACACUGAGACCAGUUUUCAAUGUCGAUCAGCUAAUUACAAUCGAGCUACCGGUGAAUGUAGUUUAUCAGAAAUGGAUCGACAUUCAAUUGUUACACCAUUUAGUACCGAUCGUCACUUCAGAUCAGCUCCUGGUCAAGAAUAUAUUGAAAAUAAUUGUAUUCAAGAGCCUAAAAAAUUGUGUGAAUUUAAAACGAUACGAGGACGAUUAUUGAAAACUGUUGAUUCAGUUUAUCCGGAGAUUAAAUCAACUGAUGGAUGUCGAGCUAAAUGUUUACAAUCAGAAUUUCGUUGUUUCUCAUUUGAUCUUGGAGAUCCAACAAUUAGUAAAGUUUGUCGAAUCUCUCAUCUUGAUUCAUCAUCAACUAAUCACAUAAACGAUGCUUAUUUUGAGAUUCCUCCAGCAGUUUCCUAUGAGCUUACUUCUUGUUACGAUGUCGAUAUUGUUUGCCGAUCUCGAGAUAUGCUGACCAGAGUUCGAACCAACAGGAUUUUCAAUGGUAAAAUUUACGGUAAAUCGAAGCCCAAUUCCUGUGUAAUGGACAUUAACAAUAGUCUAUCAUUUGAAUUAUCGUUGGGCUAUAAUGAUGUUGAUUGUGCUGUUAAACGUGAUGAUGGUGCUAAAUAUACAUCAGAAAUUGUCCUUCAACAUCAUGAUUUAAUUGUCACCACCAAAGAUCUUGGCCUAUCUGUCCAGUGUUCAUAUGAUUUGACCAAUAAAACUGUGGUCAAUACCGUUGUCUUUGAAUCAGAUGGUGAGAUAAUUGGUGCAGCUAAAGAUGAAAGAUUUGUCCACUCGUCGAUCGUUGAUUCCCCGAAUGUGACAAUUACCGUUACCGAUAGACUUGGAUCUCCAAUUCGAGCGGCAAAGAUUGGUGAUCAAUUAACUUUACGAUUUUCAAUUAUCGAUGAACCUUCACCGUAUGAAAUUUUCAUCCGUUCAUUAGUGGCCUCCGAUGGAGUAGAUGGAAGUGAAAUUGAACUUAUCGGUGCCGAUGGUUGUCCUAUUGAUAUCGCCGUGAUGGGACCAAUAUCACGAAUCAAAGGAGCGGCCAAAACCCUUGAGACAACCUUUGAAGCGUUUAAAUUUCCGACCUCAGAUAUUGUCAACUUUCGAGCGGUAGUAUCACCGUGUUUGGCCAAAUGUCAGCCGAUCCAUUGUUUCUCGGAUGGUUUUGAUGGUUCAACCCAAGAAUCAUUUUCCUAUGGUAAACGAAGACGAAGAAGACGAAAUGUCCACCAAUCGACACCACCACCAACAGAACAAGAUCUAAUUGUCCUACAAUCGAUUCGUAUUCAAGAUGGUUUCGAUUUCAUCGAAGGUAAAAAUCAACCCAAACAAACACCAACCAAACGAGAUGGACGAUAUGAUAUAAUUAAAGACUCAAAAAGUAUUCCAAAUGAAUUGAAUUUAUCUUCUCAAUCAUCGUACUCAUCAUUUAACUGCCUAACAUAUACUGGACUUGUAUUAAUCUUCAGCAUUUUAUUGAUCACACAAAUUGUUGUCCUAAUUGCUUGGUCAAUUUGCCGUUCAUCUUGGUCGAGAAAUGAUCAACUUGAAAAAUUAACUCUAUCACGAUCAUUAACAUCGACUAAUCUAUUAACAGCUAAAUCCAAUUAUAACCACAAUUUACAUCAUCAUCAUGGUAAUUUUUCCGAUAAAUGUUUGACCAUUCAACCAUUUACCACGAAAGGAUCAGCUUCAUCCUCAUCCUCAUCACCAUCACCUUCAUUUGCUAGUCAAUUGUAUAUAUUACAAUCAAUGGAUAAUAAUAAGUACCGUUAGAAUCUGC